GAAGUUUUUGUCUCAUUAAUUAUGUGUUUUAUUUUGCUUUAAAUCUUAUCAUGACUUCACAAGUUUUCGAUAAACUGCCCAGCAGCUGAUAGACCACUGCUUUGUGACGUCACACAAACCUACCAGCUGGGGAAAUAUUUACGUCAUUUACACAGGAAAGUACCGGUCAUACCUUGGUGUAGCAGUCAUCUUAAACACCUCAAUAUAUCCUUUUAACCGUGGGUGAAUUUCCAGAGCGUCUGUCAUUGUGGAAUGUGAAUAAUGAGAGGUGUAAAUGGUAAAUAUGUUGAGGUUGGUGGUGUGUGACAAUGCUCCCCGGCAACACAGCGUGGCCAGAAAGGAAGGAAGGUCGAGCAGACCUUAGUCGUGUGUUGGAGUGUAUGAGAGGAGGGUGUGUUGGAAGUCCCUCCCUGUGUGUCUGACCUGCUCUCUGCAGGGGGCCAGAAAUUUUUUUUAUACAAUUUUUAAGCGGACCUAUGAUUUAAAACUGUGUUGUAUUGGGACUGUGGUGUUCCAGCGACUGGUUGUUUGUGUGUAUGUGACUUAUUUAUUAAGGUUUAGACGAGCUAUGAAUGCUGGAGAGGUGGUUGUGUUGGGAAGUGCGAUGAUGAAGACGAACAGGGUGACCAAGGUGGGUCACAGCGGGUGGUCAACAGGUCCCCACGACCCUUGGAUCCAACCAGCAGCAACCCUUACCAACCACAACCAACCUGGGACUCAAGGAACCACCCACCAACACUUCCAUGGACUCUGGGGUAGCGGGUUUGAGAGACACGCCAGUCCAUACCCCGGCCCCCAUCCACAACAAUAACAACAUCAUGGUAGGAAACAAAGGAGGCAACAACAACAACAAUAAUAAUAAUAAUGAGGAAUAUGAUGUACCCAAGUUCAUUGUAGAUCACACGACGCGAGCCACAUACAUGAAGGGCCGCUUCCUGGGCAAGGGAGGGUUCGCCAGGGUGCACGAGGUGACAGACUUGACCACCAACCAGACGUAUGCUGGCAAGAUCAUCCCCAAGUGUCGCAUCACCAAACCUCACCACAAGGAGAAGAUCGCGCGAGAGAUCGAAGUCCACAGACAUCUGCGGCAUCGCCACGUCGUCCGCUUCCACCACUACUUCGAAGAUGAUGCCAACGUCUACAUCAUCCUCGAGAAUUGUGCCCGAAGGAGUUUGGUGCACGUGUUGAAGCACCGUCGCACGCUGACGGAGCCUGAGGUGCGCUACUACAUGCGUCAACUGGCGGAAGGUGUAGCGUACGUGCACCAGCAGCAAGUUAUACACAGGGACCUCAAACUGGGCAACAUGUUCCUCACUGAAGAUAUGCUGAUGAAGAUAGGAGACUUUGGCCUCGCUACCCGCGUCGACGACAACAGGAAUGUAACAAUAUGUGGAACACCGAAUUACAUAGCACCAGAAGUGUUGAACAAGUUGGGUCAUUCUUAUGAUGCUGAUAUAUGGGCCAUGGGCUGUAUCAUGUAUGCUCUUCUUGUGGGUCAGCCACCAUUUGAAACUGACACCUUGAAGGAAACCUACUCUAGAAUCACCACAAAUAAAUAUGUCAUUCCACCACUGAUCAGCGAGCCGGCCAGGCACCUCAUCAGACGCUUCCUCCAUCCUGACCCCAAUGCACGUCCGAGGCUGGACCAGGUCCUCAAUCAUGAAUUUUUCACCACAGGUGUAGUGCCACGGUCUCUACCUGCCUCUGCCUGUACCCAGGUGCCAAAGUUCGGUUUAGAAGUUAUUGGGAAGUCUGUGUCAAUGCCAGAGCAACAACUACAACACCCGCCAUUGCUUCCCCAGUCACAGUCUCAUCAUCCUCUCACCCAAGAUAUUAAGAAGAUUACUACCUCAGUCUCAACCCUACGCAUCCCUAACCAGAAACCUCAACCAGACAAGAUCUCCAUUUUAGAUGGUGGUCUGGGAAGUCCCCCAAAUAGUAGGCCAACCACUGGAAACUCAAAGGAGGAAAAUCGGAAGAAAGACUCUGGAGGAACCUUGUCAUCUUGUCUACGUCAGAAAUUGUCCUCUGUCAUUUGUACUACGGACAAUAAGGCUUCUACUGGAAACCCAGUGGGUAAGAAGAGAGACAUCACCUCAGGCACACUUUACAAUCUUUUGGCUGCCUGUCUUGACAAUAUGCCAGAUGAUAUGAGCAGUAAUCCAUCGGUGCAGAGCCACACACCUCUCUUUAUAUCAAAGUGGAUAGAUUAUUCCAACAAAUAUGGUUUUGGAUAUCAACUCUCGGACAACUGUGUUGGUGUGUUCUUCAAUGAUCUGACUCGAAUAAGCAUCAGUCCAGAUAAAAACCGAGUUGAAUUUACAGACUCUUCUGGAAGGCUUGCUGUACAUCAGGCAGGUGCCUUGCCUGCGUGGCUACAGGAACGUUACCAAUUGCUCCGUUACUUUGCUACAUACAUGGAAGAAAAUCUCACCGAGGCUGGUGAUUCUCGAACAGCACGGCCCGCGGCAGCAAGACUGUCUGUCAUACCUCACGUACGCAGAUGGGAUCGCACUCCUAAAUCUAUAAUUAUGCAACUUAGUAAUGGAACCUUCCAGAUUAAUUUCUUCAAAGACCACACUAAGAUAGUGAUUGCCGGUGACUGCACAGAUGUCAGUAUCAUGUUCAUCAGCAGUGACAGGCAAUCCUUUACAUAUCGUCUGUCUCAACUUGCCGAACUUGGCUGUGAUGCAAUGGUGCGCGAGCGCUUAGUUUAUGCUCUGUCCUGUCUUCGGCAGUAUGCAGAGUUAGAUGGAGAAGAAGUCUGAAGAAGAGAAUUUACUAGUUCCAGAGCUAUUUUUGGAUAUUUGAUGGAAACUAGAAUGAAUUAGUACCCUACAGGACCAAGUGAGACAGUCAUGUUCCAAGACUGAAUGUCUUGAAAUGUUGAGUCAUGUGAAGAUUGUAUAUUUUGGUGAUGGUACUGAAAAGUUGCUGAGUUUUUGUUGUUGAAUUGUAAGACAGUUUGUUCAGUUUUGUAGAAAAGGGGCUUUUUGCCAUUUGUGUGGCAUUAUUGAGAUAGUCUGUAGUUGGUGGUGUGUAGUAAGGAAUUGGUUGCUCCACCCUUGGGUCAUGGAAAAUGGACAGUUAGCAAACAUGAGUCUCAUCCUGGGAUCUUAACAAGCUUAUUUUCAUAUUUUUUUUAUAGAGGAGAGUAAACUCUGUUAAGAUGUCCUGAGACUUAUAGUUGCUGAGCCUUUUAAUGUGCAAGCUCCUUGAACUAUGCAAUAAAUGUAAAUUGUACAUGUUUGUUAUGCUGCACAGAAGUUCUGUUACCAUGUGACCAUUAUUUCUGUUACUGUUACAUAUUAUUACAAACCAAUUGACUUAAGAUUUGGGAGCAUGUAAGCUCUACCUCACAGUUUAAUUAUGUGUCUGAUCACUGCCCAUGUUGAUAGUCAAGGGCAUAGAAAAGCCUUCAUACCCACAUUCACAGUGUUUUGAUGACUUAUCAAAGCUAACUUUACACUAAAGACUGUCAGGAACUGUGAAUGUGGAAGAUUUGUUCCAAUAACCUUUUUCAUUUUUCAUUCAUGUUGCCCCUGAUAUUUACCAAAGAGUUUAAAAGGGGUGAAGUUAAUAAAUAUAAUUUAUCACACAACUGUGGUACAUAAACUGGGAAUUUACCCCAAGAAGGACUGGGAGAAAUUUCUCAUGUAUUUAAAUAAGUCACAAGAAAGUGUGGUGGUUGUGCUGAGGAUAUUGUGAAAUACCUCUUUGUGCAUUAUAAAUUCUCUCUAAAGUUAGGAGAAUUAGAUACAAAGAUUAAUCAAAUUGACAGUGAUCUCGUUAACUCACACUGCUCAAAGAUUAAAAUAGAAUGUGCAUUCAUGAUGUGAUUUUACAAUUAAUAACAUUUUGUGCAAUCCUAAGUGAAUGCUCUUACUAGCAGGCAUCAAGGAAUCACGUCUUGCUUAGAACAUGGACUAAGUGAUACAUUCACAUUUAGUGUUUGGUUAUCAUUUUCAAAUUCUGAAAACAAAUGCAGCCGAAACAUUUGUUUUUGUCACCCACGAAGCAAGUCCGUCCUUGUAUGCUCUGCUUCAGUCAUGUGUGAAUGUGUGUUAAAAAGAACAGUUGGAUGUGUAACUUCUGGAAUUGGUGUGUCCUUAGGGCUUAUUGGAGUUUAACCUUAAAGAAUAAAUUUAAAUUUUUAAGUCUUCUCCAAAGUAUAAUUGGUUACUAUUAUUUUGUAUUUUUGGAGAACAGUAAGUCUUGAUUUUGUUUAGUUUCCAAAAUCUACAUAUGUAGUAAUUGUCAUACACAAGUUGAGGCUUUUUUUUUUAUUUUAUUUAUUUUUUUUUUUUUGCCAUGUUCUCUUUUUGGCUCAGGUGAACGAUAAAUGUACCAAAUAUAAUUUUUGAUAAUGUCAAUUCCUCGUACCUUUGUUUGCAGUUGCAUCAUGGCAAGUGAUAUUGGUGAUAAUGUAUACAAAUUUCUUAAUUACAAAGUCUUAACUGUGAAUGUUGUUGGGAAGAGGAACAGUGCUGCCAGGCAGAAUUCAUGGCAUGGUGUUAAUGAAGAAUCAAAGUUAUCUUCCUGCAACCAAGCAAAAUAUUUAGUACAAACCAAGAAAAAGCUUCGAAUUAAAUUCUUU